AUGCAGGUUUUAGUGGACCACUGCUUGGGCCUUCCAGAAGAUGCCAUCGUCUCCGUUCGCUGUGGCGGGAUGCGCCGGCAGGCUCCGCUUGAGACGCUCGUCACGCAGCCACUGAAGUUUCCUGCAACGCUGGAUGGGGUGUCGGAGCCGUUGAAAAUUGACGUGCUGCAGCCUAUUGCUACAACGCGGUUGGUUCUGCAUCCGCACGAAGAGCUCUACAGCAUCGGCUUCGAGGAGUCCACCGAGAUGGUGAUUGGCCUCAGAAUGCAGUCACAGGGCAGCCAGCCAGACAAUGGCUCGGCCCCUUCUGGCCAGGAAAGCACGGGCCCUAAUUUCAAGGAUGCCGCUGCGUCAGCAAAGGAUUACCUGGAGCAGCACGGCCUCUUGAGGUAUGUGCAGUCCUUGCUUCAUGCGGUCAUCCAAGUAAGACCCCGCGAUCCCUAUGCUUACAUGAUCGAGCAGCUCAGUGCCGCUCAGAGUAAGACCCGAACUCUGGAGAAGCUUGUGUCCAGGCCGAGCAGUGCUCUCCCCGAGAGGGCGAGGACGCCCGUCCCACCGCGAGAGCCUCCGCCCAGCUGCUCGCCCACAAGGCCUCGGCCUCCCACGGAGCUCCUGCACGUGGGACCAGCUCCGAAGGAGCCUCCCGAGAGCGCCCCGUUGACGGGCUCCACUCGGGCCGGGGCCGAGUCCGAAGAGGGACACAGCCGCCCCGUCCGAUUGCCGGAACAGGAACAGGCGCCGCCUUUGCCGCCUUUGCCCUUGCCCAGCCUGCCGACAGCUUCUUCGGAGGAUCUGCGGCUUCUCCUGAAGAACAAGCUUGAGGAAGCUUACAAUUCUGGGAGGCUGGAAGACGUGGUGGCCAACGCUGUAGGAGCACCACCUCAGGCCACAGCACCCGAGCCAGCUGAAGCCAAGGAGACAGAGGUCCGAGAAGUCCAAGACUUAGAAGGAAGCUCGGGCCCGACCCGAGAACUCGAUGCCUUCUGUUGUCUGAAGGGCAACUUGAAGUCCGUCCUUUUCGAUGCCAUGGACACAGGUGCACUGCAGAACACUCUCUCCGCUGUCGCGGAAAGCCAAAAGACUCUAAAGAUCAGCGAAGACCUCGACAAAGUCGCAGCCCUUAAGACGCAGCUGCGGGAACACCUGCAGGAAGCUGUCUCAUCUGGUGCUUUGGGACCGGUGCUGCAAUCUUAUGCAAAGCCACUCCCGGGCCCACGGAACAAGCAGCCCCAAGAGGAGAGCGUGCAGGGUUUGAGGCAGAAGAUGAGAGAGCUCCUGCAAGAGAGCGUCUCCACUGGCAGCCUGCAAGAAGCCCUGGACCAUCUCUCCCUGACGAAGCAACUCCCAGAGCCCGCAGCAACCUCACAGAGUGCGAGUGCAAAGAAGGCUGGCGACGACAGGACGCGGAAGGCACGGGAGGAAGAGAAAGUCAGAAGCGACCUCUUCCAGCUCAAGGCUCAGCUGCUCGCGCGAGCAGAGACGGCCCUGGACUCCGGUGAGCUGGCCGGCAUCCUUCAAAGCCUGCGAAAGGACUCGCCCAGCGCCAGGAAUGCAGAGGUACACGGCAAGACGGGUUCAAAUUCACAAAAGACUGAGGUGGACAAGGCCACCGAUUCCUGCAACGAUCUCUUCACGCUCAAAGUACAGAUACUUGCGCAAGCAGAGGCGGCCAUGGAUUCCGGCGAGCUGGAGGGCAUCCUGGAAAGCCUCCGGCAGCCUGCUGCGAAGCAGCAGCCCAGCUCCAGCGCCCCACAAAAAGCCAAAGUGGAUCAAGAUAAGGGAAAGCUCACCCAUGAUGAGGCAAAUGCAGGUGUACAGGGAAAAGGCAAGGAUACGAAGACAGAGCAGCAAGAGAAAGAGGGAAGAGACCAGGACUCCCGCAACGACCUCUUCCAGCUGAAGGCUCAGCUGCUCGCGCGGGCAGAGACGGCCGUAGAUUCCGGUGAGCUGGCCGGCAUCCUUCAAAGCCUCCGAAACGGAGACCAAAACCAGGGCGAGCCGGGCGAGCUGGCGGUGAUCAAGAAGAAGCUUCGAGGCCUCCUGGAGGAUGCGGCAGAGUCUGGCCGGCUUCAGGGAACCCUGCAGCACCUGCAAUUGGGCGAAGAACCCCCGAGCGGCACUGACGACUUGGACCUGAAGUCACUGCAUGCCGAGCUGACAGUGAUGAAGCAGGAAAAGGUAACAUUAAGCCAAACGGUGAAUCAGCUCACUGCUGAGAUGGACGUGCUCAAGAAAGAGAACGACGACCUUGCCAGAAUGCUGAGCGGCCUGGUGAAGGAAUGA